AUGAUUCAUUGUUGUAGAUGUAAUAAAACUAGAUCACCUAUAGAUUAAAACAAAUGUAAUAAUAUAUUACAGGAUCAUUAAAUUGAAUAAAGGAUAUAACAAUCUGAUCUUUAAUAAAUGUAUAUUACUAAAAUAAAGGAGAAUGAAUAACUGAUUUUUAAAAUGUAUAAAGAAUUGUAAGAUGAAAAUAGUGGACUAAAAAGUCUAAUAAAUUCGUAUUGAUUAUUUGUGUUAUGGUGUAGAUUAGAAAAAGAGAAAUUGGAACUACAAGAGAAAUACAACAAUUUAUAGAACUAAAGUAUCUAAUUUAUUACUUAAAAUCAAUCCAGAUUAAUACCAGAGGAGACUAAUAUGAAUUUUAGUACAAAACAACAAUCUUUUUAAUUUAAUGAUCCGAGCAAUAUAAAAUAUUAAUCGUUAAAAAAAAUAUUGGAUGAAUUAAUUAAAGAUGAGGAUUGGGAUGUUUAGAAAAAGAAUUAAUAUUCAACUUCGAUACAAUUUUUGAAUAGUAUUCUUUAAGAGAAGCAAGAAGACUUAGAAUUGGCAUAAAAUUAAAUCAUAAAGUAGAAUAAGAUUAUCGAAGAAUAUGAAUUAAAAUAUAAUUAAUUAUUAUGUAAUAAAUAUGAUUAAUAAAUAAGAGGAUUAUUAAUAAAUAGAAUAGGAAUAUCACUUAAAGAAGAAAUCAUUUUAAGAUAAUGGAAUAUAAUAUGAUAAUCUUUACAAUGGAGUAGUAAUUUAAGAGACGAUUAAGUUAAAUACUUAGAAAAUUGUAAUAAAUUGA